AUGGCCAGUGCCCCGGUGCCCGACCUGCUGGGUGAAGGAGGGGACACGGGGGUCGCGAGGCCCAAGUGGGACAACAAGCUGCAGUACCUGCUGAGCUGUGUGGGCUUUGCCGUGGGUCUGGGCAACAUCUGGAGGUUCCCGUACCUGUGCCAGGCGCACGGGGGAGGUGCCUUCCUCAUACCCUACUUCAUUGCGCUGGUCUUCGAGGGGAUCCCCCUGUUCCACAUCGAGCUCGCCAUCGGCCAGCGGCUGCGCAGGGGCAGCAUCAGCGUGUGGAAGACCAUUUCGCCCUACCUGGGGGGGGUCGGCCUGGGCUGCUUCUGCGUAUCCUUCCUGGUCAGCCUGUACUACAACACAGUGCUCACCUGGGUGCUCUGGUACCUGCUCAACUCCUUCCAGCACCCGCUGCCCUGGAGUACUUGCCCGCCCAACGCCAACCGCACAGGGCUGGUGGAAGAAUGUCGUAGCAGCAGCACCGUGAGCUACUUCUGGUACCGGCAGACACUGAACAUCACGGCUGACAUCGGUGACAGUGGCUCUGUGCAGUGGCACCUGAUGCUCUCCCUGGUGGCCAGCUGGACUGUGCUUUACUUGUGUGUCAUCAGAGGCAUCGAGUCCACGGGGAAGGCGAUCUACUUCACAGCCCUGUUCCCAUACCUGGUCCUGACCAUCUUCCUGGUGCGGGGGCUCACGCUGCCUGGGGCAACUGACGGCCUGGUCUACCUGUUCACCCCCAACAUGCAGACUCUGAGGAACCCUCGUGUGUGGCUGGACGCGGCCACCCAGAUCUUCUUCUCUCUGUCCCUGGCCUUCGGUGGCCACAUUGCCUUCGCCAGCUAUAACCCACCCAGGAACGACUGUGAGAAGGAUGCGGUGACCAUUGCACUGAUUAACAGCAUGACGUCCCUCUACGCAUCUGUCGCCGUCUUCUCUGUCCUGGGCUUCAAGGCAGCCAAUGACUACGGGCGCUGCCUGGACGGGAACAUCCUGGUCCUCCUCAACGCUUUCGAGCUGCCUGACCAGAGCGUGUCCCGUGAGGCCUACCCCGCCCUGCUCACACACCUCAAUGCCACACACCCCGAGCACCUGGCCAGGCUCCCCCUGGAGGUGUGCCACCUGCAGGAUUUCCUGGACAAGAGUGCGUCGGGCACAGGCCUGGCCUUCAUCGUGUUCACGGAGGCCAUCCUGCACAUGCCGGGGUCACCCGCCUGGGCCGUGCUCUUCUUUGGGAUGCUCCUGUCCCUGGGCCUGUCGUCCAUGUUCGGGAACAUGGAAGGCGUCAUCACGCCACUUCUGGACAUGGGGGUGCUGCCCACAGGGAUCCCCAAGGAACUCCUGACUGGGCUCGUCUGCCUGGUCUGCUUCCUCACGGCCACCUGCUUCACGCUGCAGUCGGGCAGCUACUGGCUGGAGAUCUUCGACAGCUACGCGGCCUCCCUCAACCUCCUCACCCUGGCGCUGCUGGAGGUGGUGGGCGUGGCCUUCGUGUACGGGCUGGAGCGGUUCUGCGCCGACGUGGCUUGGAUGACCGGGCGGCAACCCGGCCUCUACUGGCGGCUGAGCUGGAAGGUGGUCAGCCCCCUGCUGCUGCUGGGCGUGCUCGUGGCCUACGUGGCCCUCCUGGCGCAGACACCGCCCACCUACUGGGCCUGGAACCCCGACUACGAAGAGUUCCCUGGGCGACAGGAGAAGUCCUACCCCGGCUGGGUGCAGGCCAUCUGCGUGCUCCUGUCCUCCCUGCCCGUGCUGUGUGUCCCGGCCGUGGCACUGACCCAGCUGCUCACUCGCCGCAGAUGGAAGCACCAGGACGGCGGAGCCAGCUGA